ACAAUAGUAUUUGAGAAUUUGUCUCCGCAUCUUUUGGAGCUUGCGUCGGGUGAGUAACGCGGACACACACACACACUUAUUUGCUUUCAAUCGAUAAAAAUGGCACAGAAGCUUAACUUGACUCAUCUCCCCGUCCCUCCGGUCACUCACCGCUCUAGUUUCCCCUCCACCUUCACCUUUGACGUUGCCACUUCCGCUUACCAGAUUGAAGGAGGCUGGAAUGAAGCUAAGAAAGGGCCAAGUAUAUGGGAUAAGUUCACUCAUCUCGAAGGGAAGAUUCUUGAUGGAAAUAACGGUAAUGCUGAUGUUGAUCAUUACAAUAGAUACAAGGUUAAGUAAAGCUUAGAGUGGUAAUCUGUAUGAUGAUCUCCUUAU